AUGCCGAUAGAGACUGUAGCCGGCUCUGCCCAGGAGAACAGCGCCAGGCACCAUGACAGACGGCCUACCUAUCCCUUCAGGCUGUCCCAUCGCACCAAACCGCGGAGAUGGCCGCUGGUUCUCCGGUUCAUCAAGGGCGCUAUCCACGGAGCCAUCCUGCUGCCUGUGCUCGGCCAUGCCAUCUUCACCGUCAUAGUCGUCAUACUCGACAAGCAUGUAUUCGAUACCGUGGGCGUUCCACCGACGAUCAUCCCUUCGCUGUCCAUCGUCGUCGGUCUCAUCCUCGUCUUCCGCAACCAGACCUCCUACAAUCGCUUCUGGGACGGCCGCAACUGUCUGACGACCAUCACCACCGCCCUUCGUAACCUCACCCGAGCGAUCCUCGUCUCUUCUCGAAACCCCAAUGGCCCGCUCUCGGACGCUGAGAAGCAGGAUAUCGAGCGGACGAUCCGUCUGCUUAUCGCCUUUCCGUAUGCCGUCAAGUGCUAUCUGCGCGCGGAAUGGAGCACCGAAUGGGGCGCCAUCUCCAAUCCAAACAUGAUUGCAGACGUCGUUCGUCGACAGGAAGCCGGCGGCCCCAAGCAGGAGUUCCUCAGCCUGCUGCCUGCUGGAUUCCAGGCUCACGAGGCCGACGGCCUGGGGCUGCCGCUGCAAUUGACCUUCCCCAUCGAUGCGUUCAUCCAGCGAGGCGCCGAGAGAGGCUGGUACGACCCUCCUACGGCCAACCAGAUGGGCAACCAGGUCAGCGCCAUGAUCGAUGCAUACGGGAAGAUGGAAACAAUCAAAUUGACCCCCAUCCCCGUUGCUCACUUGAUUCACCAAAAGCAAGUUUUGGCCUUGUUCGGCUGUGUGCUUCCAUUUGCAAUGGUAGAUGAUAUGGGCUGGUGGGCAGUACCCAUUGUCUGUCUCGUCAUCUUUACUCUUUACGGUAUCGAAGGCAUCGGUUCUCAGCUUGAAGAUCCCUUUGGCUACGACAAGAACGAUAUCAAGAUGGAUGCCAUUGUCGAAGACGAAAGGGUUGAAAUCGAGGCUAUCCUCAACGAGUGGAAGAAGUUGAAUGACCUGCCUAUAGACGGCGACGGUUCAGCUACCAACGGUGCCAGAAAUGGUACCCGUAAUGGUACUAGCAACGGCAUUCGCAAUGGAACUCAUAACGGCACCCAUAACGGGGUCACCAAUGGAAAUGUUGCUCCUCGAGAAAUGUUUAUCAGAUCUUAGCUUUUUAGCAUUGUUGACCUUCUUGGUUUGCUUUCUUGCCCCUUAAGCAUGCCUCUCUCGUUUUAAUAUACCCGUGGCUUUAGACUAUCUUUCAUCUCGAGGAACCUGUCCUGCUUUCCCCUUCUUUCCUACAUCUGUCAGUGUCUCAGACUCAGUUGGUGGUUAGUUUGUCGUUGCUCCUUGCCCUCUGCUCUUAUGUAUUUCAUUCGUUUUACUGUACAUCAUUUUGUUUUACAAGACAACCUCGAUAUCCUUCUAAGGAGCCGAACCUAGCUACUAUAAUCUAUUAGGUAUGCCUCUAGUUCAACCCGAUACGUGAGAUAUCCAGGUAUAUUCGUGAAAAAACAGUAAUGAUAAACAUAAUGACGAAUAAUAUUGACAUACAGAGACAAACAGGUAAAAAACAGCAUCAUAGUACCGUCCAAGCUAAUUACCAAGUAGUCCCCUGAAAAAAAAAAGAAAGAAAGAAA